CUUACUUGCAAGAUGGUCGCGCGCGUGAAGCGCUGCGAGGCCUGUGUCCGUCGUGGUCGUUCCUGCGAUGGCUCCGGUGUCCCAAUCUCUACCCUGGACCGCAUUCUGCAAGAACAACGCCGUAUCAAGGACGCUGAACGUCGUGCCGAGCUCGAGCUCGACGAGUCCCAGCGCCGUUUGGAGGAGGCCCAGCGCGAACUAUCCGAAAAACUCGCGCGACUCCGACGUCUCCGCCAGCAGAAGGAGUUCUUGGUGGAGAGAGGCGUCGACAUGGUGGCGCGUGGCCUGUCGACUUUGGACGAACUAGAGUCUGCUAAACGCGAGGAGUCGUCUGCUGCGCCCGAGGCGCAGCUCAGUGGUGCCGUCGAUGUGGUCGACUGGGGCGCCGUUUCGGGGACCGUUCCGGAGCUGGAGCAGUGGGUCGAUCCGGGUUCCUCUGGUGGAACUCUGCCAGUUUCUCAGGGCAGUGGAGGUUCGUAGCUGGUUCCCAUGAGUUGUCUUCUGGGCCGAAAUCCAACCA